GUUAUCAGCGGCACAUUUAAUAACUAAGUUUAGUGAAAUUAUCUGAGAAAUGAGUUAUUUCCAUUCAAUUUAUACUUAUUUGUAUUGGAUUUUUCGUCCUUGUAUCAAGUGGUUUUUGCGGAAAACUACAAAGCUUUGUGAGUUACAAAGAAUAUGCUAUGGAGAACCAGUGGGUUAUCCUAGAUCUAAUGGUGUAGAAGUGUCCUUAAAUUUGUCUAAGAAUGAUCACAUUAAAGACUUGGUGCAGUAUCUGAAUAAACUGAGUGAAGAACGGAAACUCAGUGGUCCUAUGCUUAAGGUUGGACUUGAAAAGUCGGUCUAUGUAGUUGUGUUUGCCAAGAAAAUUAACCCUACUAUACACCGCCAGUUUCUCAAAUCUUUUGGAAGGUGUGUAGAGCAUAUUUGGGGCUACCGUCAAUUACUUCAAGAAAUUGAAAACUGGAGACUAACCAUGUAUGAUUCUGAAAACAAAGACCACGAAGAAAAACUAUUGAAACUAUGGAAACGCUUGAAGCCAGAUGAACCACUACAAGCAAGAGUAUCCAAACAGUGGCAAGAUAUAGGUUUUCAAGGUGAUGAUCCAAAAACUGAUUUCCGAGGUAUGGGCAUACUUGGUUUGGACAAUUUGCUCUACUUUGCAGAAGAGUUUCCAGGACCGGCAAGUCAUGUUUUAUCACAUUCUUUGCAUCCACAGUAUGGUUAUGCUUUUGCGAUAGUAGGCAUUAAUUUAACAAGCAUGGCCUACCAUUUAUUCAAAGAUGGUACAGCUAAAACACAUGUUUACAAUGUAUCAAAGAGUUUCACUUCCAUCCGAACUUUUCAUCAAUUUUAUUGCUACCUGUUUUAUGAAUUUGAUAAAUAUUGGCUCCAAGCAAAGCCUAACAUUAUGGAGUUCUCUUUUGUAAAAGAAAAGUUUGAAGCAAAUGUCCGUUCUCUACUGUCAAACCCUUCUGCAGUAUGUAGGAUAAACAUUGCGGUUGACACAGUUUAGACAAAGCUAAUAAAGACACAAAUUUUAAACCUAAAACAGUAUAAGAAACAUGUUUAUAACAAAUUAUGCGGACCUUAUGUUCUGAAAACUAUACUUCAAACUUAUUGAAAAUUCCUAAAAUUUGAAGUUUUGUAGUAAAAAAUGCCGAGUGGGUUCUUGAGUUUUCAUUGAGCGUGCAAGUUAAUGAACAAAGUUAGGCUAAAUAUUUUUUGAAAGUAUGGUAAUUUAUAUUUCUGUAUCAAGGUCUAGAAAUGGUUUCAGCCUGAUGUUGGAUUGCGACUGUUGGGCCUACAAUAGUCAAAUUGUCUGUCUUUAUUCAUACACACUUCUUGAACAGAAAUAAAACUUAAUUAGCCUAAAAUUUUGUUUCAUAAGAUGCCUUAUCAAAUGUUGCACCAUUUUAUGGAUUAUUACUAUGCAUCUACAAUCUUUUGAAGGAUGUGAAUUCCUCUCAUGAACGUAGAAAAUUUUCAGUAGUCUCAAAAAGUUUGGGAGUAUUUUAUUUUGUGACGUCAGGCUAUAGAGGUUAGAUCAAGAUUUCUUUACAGAAUUACCUAAUUUAUGAAAAUGUGAACCACCAACUUAAAAACAACUUUGUUUAGUUUAACUGAGUUUAAAUAUACGGGGAGCCACUAAUAAUUCAGUUUGUCACUACCGGUAGUGUUUUAUAUUAGGUAGGCUGUUUUAAGUAUGUGAAAUUGAGGACAUAUAUGAAUGUUGUGAUUUGGUUAAACAAAGGUUUACAUCACAUCCAUUACUUAAAUUGCCUUACCCUUAC